AUAAUAAUCUUUAAAUUAAUAGUUUAAUAACCUAUUUUUUUAAUAAAAAAAAUAUAAUAUGAGAUCCCAAUUCAAAGACGACCAUCCUUUCGAAAAAAGAAAGGCAGAAGCUACUAGAAUCCUUCAAAAAUUUGACGACAGAAUCCCAGUAAUUUGUGAAAAGGUUGAAAAGUCAGAUAUUGUUGAGAUUGAUAAGCGUAAAUAUUUAGUUCCAAGUGAUUUAACUGUUGGACAAUUUGUUUACGUUAUAAGAAAGAGAAUCAAGUUACCAAGUGAAAAGGCCAUUUUCAUCUUUGUCAAUGACAUCUUGCCUCCUACCGCAGCGCUAUUGAGCACGGUUUACGAUGAACACAAGGAUGAUGAUGGAUUCUUGUACGUCUUGUACUCUGGUGAAAACACCUUUGGUGAAGCCUUCAAGGAAUUUGAAGUAACCAAUGAGUAGAAAUCCAUGACUUUUCAAUCCACGAAUUAUUUUUAUUUCCCUAAUCUUUAGGGAAUAGUAUUGUUUUAUGACUGUUUUUAAGUAUAUUAUUUUAUAUGGAUUUGACUGGCUCAAAUAUAUUAUUGAAUGAAUAACUGUUACACAUUGUAUAUUAUUAAAUUAAAUGACCUAUUUAUAUACCCCCCCUU